GCAAUGGCAACGGCACAUCUGGCUUCUUGGUCUUGCAACUUGACGUAUUCACAACUACCCAGGAAUGUAAUCGACGCAGCUAUCCGAACUUUCUACAAUUGGGCCGGCUGUGCUGUUGGAGGGUCUAACCAUCUCACAACCACUACUGCUCUCAAUGCCUUGGAGCCAUUUUUUGGACAACCAGCUGCAUCUUUACUAGGCGCCGGCGAUCGUUUAGUCGAUGCUCAACAUGCUGCUCUGUUAAAUGGAAUUGCUUCGCAUGUGCAUGAUUACGAUGACACGCACCUGGAUACCAUCAUUCAUCCCGCUGGCCCCGUAGCGAGUGCCUUACUCGCAGUUGCCGAGUGGAAGGUAGGAGCAUCAGGCAAGGACAUUCUGCUUGCACUUGUAUGCGGCAUCGAAGCAGAAUGCAAACUCGGACUAGCAGUUUGGCCAGAGCACUAUGAUAUCGGAUGGCAUAUUACUUCCAGCGCUGGCUCUAUCGGAGCCGCCGUGGCGGUUUCUAAGCUGCUAUCCCUGUCUGUCGAGCAGACUUCGCAUGGCAUUGGCAUUGCUUCAACCCAAGUUACCGGCUUGCGGGAGAUGUUUGGUUCGGAUACAAAGGCAUUUCACACUGGACGUGCUGCACAAAGCGGGCUUCUAGCAGCUGUUCUCGCGCAGCAGGGGUAUACAAGUAGCGGGCAAGCUUUGGAGGCAAAACGCGGUUGGGCAAAUGUGGUCGGAGCCACAAAGGAAGAUGUGCAAGUCAACCUCAAUAAGUGGCUUGGACUUGACACGGAAGAUUUGCAGGAGCAAAGUGAUGUUGGGUUAGCAGGAGGACUGUCGUCUGGCCGGUGGGAAAUCCUGCGCAACAGUUUCAAACCAUAUCCGUGCGGAAUUGUCAUUCAUCCUGUCAUUGAUGGCUGCUGUCAACUCCACUCGGAAAUAAAACGACUUGGCCUAUCUUCAACAAAUAUACAGCAAGUUCAAGUGACUGUCCACCCCUUGGUCGUGGAAUUGACUGGCAAGACGGCCCCUAAAGAUGGUUUAGAAGGUAAAUUCAGCUUCUACCAUGGCGGUGCCAUUGGACUGCUAUAUGGCAAGGCAACUCCCGACGAAUACGAGGAUCAUAUUGUCCAGGACCCUACUGUGGUGGCCAUUCGAGGCCGGAUUCAAGGAACGAUAGAUCCGAAGCUUCGGCCUGAUGAAGCCAAGAUUGUUCUUACCAUGAAUGACGGUUCCGUGCUAGAAAGGCAUGUAGAACAUGCAGUUGGAAGUCUCAAUGCGCCAAUGGAUGAUGAAGCCUUGGAGAAGAAGUUCAAAAAUCAAUGCGCAAAGGUGUUGGCAGAUGUUGAUCUGGCCAGUCAAACUUGUUGGAACAUCGAGGAGAUAAAGCAUAUUCCAGAACUUGGCUGGGCACUCUCGCUAUAA